AGACUGAGCUCCAGACCAUCCGCGGCACAGCGCACGCAGCUACGCCCGCCUACCAGCGCCUCUCACCGGCUCCAACUGCUCAACACACACCGGGUCCUCCUACCACCUUGCACCUGGACCAGCGCCGCGCAACACCGGUACCUCUGCGACCACCAACCCGCCUCCCGGACACCUCCAAGCGGCUUGCCCCCACCGUCCACAGCCGGUACACCGUGUUCCCAUGAUGUCAUACCUGUGGCUGUUGCUGAUAGCCUCCCUGCUGGCGGGAAGCACCAAGGCUCAAGAUGAAGGGGAGGAAGUAGUGGAAGACGCCGCCGAUGCUGAUGCCGACGCUGACGCCGACGCUACAGAGGAGGAGGUGGUAGAAGCUGAGGAGGACACCACAGCGGACACCGGAGACACUGGAGAUGCAGCAGCUGAUGCUGAAGCUACAGAAGAAGAGGGUGAAGAGGAAGAGGCUGGAGAUGCUGAAGCUGGAGAUGCUGGAGAUGCUGAAGCUGGAGAUGCUGAGGCCGGAGAUGCUGAAGCUGGAGAAGAAGAGGCUGGAGAUGCUGAAGCUGGAGAAGAAGAGGCUGGAGAUUCUGAAGCUGGAGAAGAAGAGGCUGGAGAUUCCGAAGCUGGAGAAGAAGAGGCUGGAGAUUCCGAAACUGGAGAUGCCGAGGCUGGAGAUGCCGAGGCUGGAGAUGCCGAGGCUGGAGAUGCCGAGGCUGGAGAUGCCGAGGCUGGAGAUGCCGAGGCUGGAGAUGCCGAGGCUGGAGAUGCCGAAGCUGAAGAGGAAGAAGCUACAGAGGCUGCAGACACAGAGGCAGGAGCUGAGGAGACCACCGAUGCUGCAGCUACAGAGGAGGACACAGUGGCCACAGAAGAGGAGGUGACAGAAGAGACUGCGGUGGAGAUUACUGAAGCUCCAGCUGAGGAAGAGGAGGAGACUGUAGGCGAUGUUGGUGCUCCUGCUGAGACAGAGGAGCCCACUGAGCCUGAAGUACCCACCGAAGCUGAACCUGAAGAUCCAACAGUUGUUGGAAACGAUGCUGCUGCAGCUGAAGAUACUGAAGCCCCCGUGGUUGGAGACGAUGGUGCUGCGGCAGAGACUGAAAUCACUGAAGCCCCUGCACCUGUUCCAGAAGAAAGUGAUGAUGGAAACACAGAAGUGGCAACAGCUGAUGACACCCCUGUAGCAGCAAAUGAACCAGAAGCACCAGUCGUCCCAGUGGAAGAGACCAUUAUCCCAAAGAAGUCAGGACGGCAAAUGGAAGCCAGUUCUGAAGAUGUGAAGCCGGAGCCCGCCGCCGUCGCCGAAGAUCCCACGCUACCGAAAAAAGAAUCCAGCUCCAGCGCUCUGGCAGCCGUUCUCACCACGAUUGGGGUGGCAGCAGUGGGAGCAGUCACUGGAUACUUCACCUACCAGAAGAAGAAACUCUGCUUCAAAAACAGAGAAGCAGAUCCAGAGGAGGGCCGUAAAGCAGACGUUGCAGAGGCCAAGUCCGAUCCCCAAGUCCUUAGCAACCUGCUGAACUCGUCCUAAGGGUCAUGUGACUGCCUGGACCAAUCACAGUGGAGCACCAUCUCACUGUCGGGCCCUGAGCUCUGUUACUGUGAGGCCCCCCGGGGUCGUGUGUGUGAGCGAGUGAAUGUAUAGGAAUAUGAAAUAUGUGAACUCUAAGGGUUUAGGAUUGUUACCAAUCUUUAAAAUCUUUGUUUUUAAACCAAAUCCAAACUGAGAUGAGAUCUCACGACCAUGAAAUGGCCUCAGUAUCCAGACUACCUUUGUUUCAGAAUGGCCUUUACUGUGUUUCCAGUGUGAAUAUAAUCCGAUAGAUCAUGUACACUUCUAACCUGAAAUCUCUGUUGUAGAAAAGUGUCUAGUUUGUUUGGGGUAGGAACAGAAUAGGGCUUCAAUAACUACCACUGUUUGUCCCAUAUACGUUAAGAGGUGGGCCAUAUGCACAAAAAUGUAUAUCUCAAAUGUUUAUUUUUAUCUCAUUUCCAUGACAAUAUUCAGACAAUAUUACAACAGAUGACAAUCCAUCAAAUGUAAUAAACCAAGCCUGUGAGUCUUGGUUUAGGUUAGGUAUUGCACAGAAGUGUCUUUUAAAACCUAAAGUGUAGAAAUAUCGUCUUUUAAAUAUUAUAUUGCAGGCUUGUUUUUAUUUUUAUUUUUAAUCUCGUAUUUUUUGCCCUUUUUAGUAUUUCUUUUAAAGACGAUGUUCUACUUUAGCAUAUCAACAAUUGAGAUAUGAUCCAUUUUUCGACGUAUGGCCCAACUCUAGAUGAUAUUGUUGUUCUUGUACAAAGCUGGGCUCGCUGAUGUCAUAUCAUGUGUGUUUUGACUGGUGAAGGGGCUUAUCUCGGAUUCUUUUGGGCGACGACCACUUGUUCUCAGUCAGUUUGUCGUGUUCCAUGCCUGCGUAGAGACCGACCCAAAAUGGCGGUUCAGGUGUAGCGCGCGUGCGCGUAACUGUGUCCAGACUAGCCCGUGUCCAUGGAUGAGUGUCCUCUAGGGGGACAUAGAAUUGGACACAGCUGAGGAGACAGUGCAGUGGUUAGUUAGACCAGUGUAGUAAUCGUAGUGCCUUUCAGUGGUACAGCGCGGCUUGGGUUCUGAACAGGUCUGCUUUGAAUAACCAGGAGAGUUGUGAAUGUAUUUAACUCAUCGUAUCAAUGUCGUAAUCAACAGUGAAAUAUAUACUGUGCUCUGGUCCAAAUCUGAAAUGGAUUGUUAGAGGUGUUUCCACUAAGCAGUACAGUACAGGUAAACAAAAUUGGUCAGGGUUUCACGUGAAUUUAUUUAUUUUAUUAGCUUCUUAGCAACUCUAAUGGGUUGGUCAGUAAAUAUUGAACUGGUUGGGAACGAGAACUCCACUUGUUAUUAGUGCCUUAAAACAUUAUUGUAGUGUGCCAUUUUCAGAAGAUCUGGUUUUCCAAAAAACCUUUACGAUAAUCAAAAUAACAUUUUACAAUUGCCAACAGUGGUAUAUUUGGUUUAUGUUAGAAAGUAUAUUAUACCUAAUAUUGCUGUAUAUUCAAGCUAUAUGUAUGAGGUACUUUUUCAACACUAUUGUAAGGCAAGCAUUGUGUUACAGUCUAUAGUACUGUAAGGUUAGCCGGGCUAGUCCUCCUGUCCCUGUAGCACUCCAGUGGAAACAUGCUAGCUGUAAACGCUGCUGUACCUAUCGCGUGUGGACCAAUCUUUGCCUUGUCAUUUCAAAAAGGUGGAGUAGGCCUGUUCAGUGACCAAGCCCCUCUCGUAUCCUUCCACAUAGAGCACCACCUGCCUGUACUUUUUAUAGGACUCUAGGAGCUUGCUUUUUGGUAGCACAACUAAACUGAAUGUGUCUUUGGUUGCCUUUUCGCUCCCAUUAGCUUUGUGUUACUUGUAGUGUGUUGAUUGUUUUGUUUUUUAUGCGCCAUAUUAUUAGCUGCAAUACUGGACAGAGACUGUUGUUAACAGCCUAGCCACGCGUUUAAGAAGAGAAAUUCUGUGUUGUCGAAUAUUCUACUGUACCGACUGUAGGGUGCGCCACACUGGCUCAGAACUCUCCUUAUCUGUGAUUGAGGGACAUGUAAUGCACAACAUACUGUAAACCCAGCGUUUAGACUGAGCCAGAGAUGCCUUGGAAACUGUAAAACUUGUAACAAACUUGGACCAAUGGACAGCUGGUGUAGUCGUCAAGUUCUAAAAUUAGCCUUGGUUAAGUGACUUGCCAAUUCCCAAUUUAAGUCAUUGACCAAAUUUGCAGUCAGUCAUGCUAGUUGUGUCAUAGUUAAUGUGUUUGUCUAUUAGCGUUGAUGUUUGUCUGUAUUGAUCUGUUUGUUCUGGUUUAUUAGAGGAUAAAUGUGUUUUUACAAGAAGCAUUUGGGCAUGUGCAGAUUGAAUUUUGACACAAAUCCAGUUGAGACUCAAAUUGGGGAAUCAGUCCAAUCAGUGACUCAAAACAACACGAGCAAGAAGUCGCUUUCAUGUGGUGUCAUAAAAAGGGCCUAUCAAUUUACCUAUUGAGGUGGAGGGCAGGACAAGAGUUUAGAGUCUUGUUACAUUAUCACACUGCACCAAAUGAACAAGGUGCCUAUGUCAUUACAAAAAACUGGCACAAAGUUAGAAUUUUUUUUAAAUUUAAUUUUAUUUUUUUAUCAUGAUGGGGCAUGAUUGUAGAUUUUAGAAAGCACAUUAAGAUUCAUAGUGCAUAUUUAUGAAUUGAAAUCAUAAGAAUGUUGAGUUUUUUUGUAUGUAAAGUAAUUUUCAGAAGUGACCACAGCUUAUUUCAUUUUUGUUUUUAAGUUUUGGGUAAUUUGCAGAUUUUGGUUUGUUUUGGUAAAUACAUCACAAUCAUGGCCCUUGUCAGUUAUAUAAAUUAUGUUAAUUUGUGGAUUUUUCUUUGGAUAACAAAAAUACUGCAUUCUUGAUACAGGAAUACUAUGAGCACAUUCUACUGUCUGAAAACAACCAGCCCAGACCCUGCCCUCCAUGAAUGUGAAUUCAUGAUUCUUCAAAUACUGGUACACUAAAGUUGAUUGUAUAAUUGUAAGCCAAAGUGCACUUGAGGCAUCCAUUCCACACUGACCAGUCCUGCCUUAAAGCGAACAAAUGACCAAGAGCAGAGCGUGGAAGAAACACUGCACCAAUGUAUUUACAUGGCAUGAAUUCACAAUAUUUUCAUGUUUUGAGUAAAUUGGACUACUUGCUUAUUUAAUUACUUUUUGAAUUAACUUGAAUAUUAAUUACAAUUUUGUCACUUACCCCCCAAAAUACUUAAAUGUGUUGUGGUUUUUUUCUUAGUAGAACUUAAACAAUUUUUAGGACAAUUUAUGUUAAAAAGUAACUAAACCAGUCAGUAAGUGAAUAAAUCACACUCAGUGUUCUGAAUUCAAGUCGAUGUAACACAUGUAGAUGUAUUUGUGCAGUGGUGGAGGUGGUUUUGUGGGAGAAGCACUUUGUCCUAGAGUCAGCUGGACUCCUUCAGACUGUGUAAAACUUUUAUUUAAGUAUUCUGUCUUAUGUUUUCAUGUAGUCUUCUUCAUCAUGUCGUCUGGCACUUGUUCUAAUGAAACUGUAAAUAAUGUUUGAGUCAAUAAAACCUUUUUUUUCCUGGGAA